AUGGGUCAGAGCUGGUCAAGAUGGAAACAUCGUCGAAGUGCCGAUACACUUAGAGACCUGGUCCCUUCAAAGACACCUGGUAACGACACUAUGUUGCCAAAACUGGAUCGAAAGACGUUGCUGUCUGCUAUAGAAUCCGUUGCCUCCUACAUCGAUAAACAUAAUAGCAAUAUCAUCGUGAUCGCCGUUGGAGGUGCUGUUAACACCAUCCACCUUAAAUCACGUAAAGCUACUCAUGAUGUCGAUUUCUACAACGAAUACCUGUCAGCUACUGACUACGAGCUCCUUCUAAAAGGGGCUCAAAAAGCUGCUAAACACAACAAGUUAUUAGAGGCGGACUGGUUCAAUAACCGCACUGUCUUUUUCAUCCCGCAAGACCAACGCCAAAGCUUGUCCCAAGAAGCCUAUAACCAGAAUGAAGUCAUCUUUCAGCAACCUGGCCUCACAGUUCUUGCUGCCCCAUGGUACUAUUCCUUCUGCUGUAAAGUUGAUCGUCUGGCAGGAGGAGGUAUCACCAAAGGUCGAUCAUACGACCUCAAUGAUGCUGUAGACUAUCUUGCGAGAUAUCUCCACAACAUUCAGGAAGCGACCGUCCCUUUAGCUACCGUGAAGGAUUGGUUUCAAAGGUUUUCUCUUCGAUGGACCCCGAACAGCGAUGGAGUCAUUGAUCAGGUCAAUCAGGCAUAUCGCGAACGAUAUAGCGUGGGAUAUAACCUUAUCUUCAAGUACGAUAUCAUGAGAUACCUACCAUCGCGCGUCAGGAGGGUUUAUGGACAGUACUUGGGACAUGUUGUCAAGGGCUAA